AUGCCUUCUACACCUUCCAACUCCCGUCCUUCCUCCAGCAGUGGAAACAAGGGCAAACAAGCCGCCUCACCCGCAUCCAGCGUCGAGAGCUUCGAGUUCUCGGGCUCCACCACGGUGGACAAGCUUGACCCGCACUUCGGCACCAUGAUGAAGUCCAAGACCACCUUGCGGAAGCUCAAGACCGCCGGAGGCUUGGGAGAGAAGGCCAAGAAACUUGCAAACAAGACUGGUAAGCCUGUCAAGGUCAAGGGCGGUCUCAUCAAGGGCAAGGCGCAUCCGUCCUCGUCGACCGCCGACGGCAUGGUUAUCUCAGUCAGGAUGCAAGACCAGAGCGGCGAGUACCUAGAUACCGGUAAGAUGCACUUUGAAACAGAUUUGUACUGCGAAUUUGAGGCUAACCCUUGUAAUGAAGUCCAUCUUAAGCAAGAUGGGCAGGUUACUUACCAGCAAACCAAGGCUGAUCAGAAGAGCACCGGAAAGAGGGAUGGUGUGCUGUAG